GUCGGCGGCGAGCAGUCCAACAAACAUGGCGAGAGAAUGUCGCGGCCAGCAGGGUUACAUCGUCACGGUCCUCCUCCUCCUGUGCGGCGCCGACGGAGCUCGUUUGGAGGCGGCGUCCGGCGGCAGUCAGGUGCUCGGCAUGCGGCUGGAGAGCAGCGACAAGCCCACCAGCACCGGUGACGACGGCGUCCUGCAGGUGACGGAGGACAGCACGGUGCGGCUCCGCCUCUACGGGCUGCGGCUGCACUCCGCCGCCUGGACGCUCGUCCGCUUCACGGAGCUGGCGGGCGGCGAGGCGCCGGAGCGGACCUGCGCGGACUUCACGAAGGACAUCGGGGUCGGGACCUUGAUGAACGUCAGCGGCGGGGGCACGGCGGGGUCGCUGCGCGUGCGCGUUAAGCCGCUGCGCAAGAGCGAGCCCAGCAAGGAGUACGCGCUGUGCACGCGCGGCGCCGCGGACGGCCCCUGGCUGCGGCUGGAGGACGGCGACGGCCGCGUCCUGGUCCUGGAGGAGAAGAAGCACCUGCUGCCUCUCUGGCUGCAGGCCAUCCUCAUCUCCUGCCUGCUGGUCCUGUCCGGCAUGUUCAGCGGCCUCAACCUGGGCCUGAUGGCGCUGGACCCCAUGGAGCUGCGCAUCGUGCAGAGCUGCGGCACCGACAAGGAGAAGAAGUACGCCCGCAAGAUCGAGCCCAUCCGCAGCAAGGGCAACUACCUGCUGUGCUCGCUGUUGCUAGGCAACGUGCUGGUCAACACCACGCUCACCAUCCUCCUGGACGACCUGAUCGGCUCGGGCCUGGGCGCCGUGGUGGCCUCCACCGUGGGCAUCGUCAUCUUCGGCGAGAUCGUCCCCCAGGCGCUGUGCUCCCGCCACGGGCUGGCGGUGGGCGCCAACACCAUCGUGCUCACCAAGUUCUUCAUGCUCCUCACCUUCCCGCUGUCCUUCCCCGUCAGCAAGCUGCUGGACGUCCUGCUGGGCCAGGAGAUCGGCACCGUGUACAACCGCGAGAAGCUGGUGGGCAUGCUGAAGGUGACGGAGCCGUACAACGACCUGGUCAAGGAGGAGCUCAACAUGAUCCAGGGGGCGCUGGAGCUGCGCACCAAGACCGUGGAGGACGUCCUCACCCCCCUGGCCGACUGCUUCAUGAUCCAGGCCCACGCCGUGCUGGACUUCAACACCAUGUCCGAGAUCAUGGAGAGCGGCUACACGCGCAUCCCCGUCUACGACGACGAGCGCUCCAACAUCGUGGACAUCCUCUACGUCAAGGACCUGGCCUUCGUCGACCCCGACGACUCCACCACGCUCAAGACCAUCACCAAGUUCUACAACCACCCGGUCCACUUCGUCUUCCACGACACCAAGCUGGACACCAUGCUGGAGGAGUUCAAGAAAGGUAAAUCCCACCUGGCCAUCGUCCAGAAGGUCAACAACGAGGGGGAGGGGGACCCGUUCUACGAGGUGCUGGGAUUGGUCACCCUGGAGGACGUCAUCGAGGAGAUCAUCAAGUCGGAGAUCCUGGACGAGUCGGACAUGUACACCGACAACCGCAACAAGAAGCGAGUGGACGCCAACAAGAACAAGCGCGACUUCUCUGCGUUCAAACACGAGGGCGACAGCAAGUCCAAGAUCUCUCCUCAGCUCAUGCUGGCCGCUCAUCGCUUCCUGGCCACAGAGGUCAGCCUGUUUGCUGCUUUCCACGUGACGGAGAAGGUUCUGCUGAGGAUCCUCAGACAUCCCGACGUGGUCCAGGAGCUGAAGUUCAACGACAACGACAAGCGAGCGCCGCAGCACUUCCUGUACCAGCGAGGGAAACCUGUGGACUACUUUGUGCUCAUCCUGCAGGGUCGAGUGGAGGUGGAGGCAGGAAAUGAGAACAUGAAGUUUGAGACGGGGCCGUUCUCCUUCUAUGGUGUCAUGGCACUCAGCAUGCCUUCACUAGCCGUCACCCCUCCUCUCUCCCCAUCAGUGGCGUCCCCCCCUCCGAGACGCCUCUCUCUUAAGAGGUUUUCAGUGUUCUCUCGUUUCCCAGAGUUCCGCUCCCCGUCCCACGGGGGCAACCUGAACCGCUCGGCGUCCAUCAGCUGUGGCGAGCGCGGUGCAGAGAGCGCCUCCAUCGGCGGCAGCAACACUCAGAUCUCGGGGACGCCUUUCCAGUACAUUCCGGACUUCUGCGUGCGCGCCCUGACAGACCUCCAGUUCGUCAAGAUCACUCGCUCUCAGUACCAGAAUGGCCUCUUGGCGUCCAGACUGGACAGCUCGCCUCAGUCGCCAGACGGCAGUCAAGGCCACCUGGACACGGCGGCCGCACAGCUUCCCCCUCUCACCCCGCCGGGGACGGGCCCCUUGCUGCCUCUGGCCACGCCUCCCGUGAAGGGCCCGCCGCCCAAAGCCCAGCCGAUGCCCGCCGCCGCCGCCGGCCCCCACGGGCCUCCACCCAAAACCGCAGCAGCCGCCGCCGCCGCUUCCUCCUUUGGACGAAGACCCAGCCAGUCUCUGCCCCAAGCCGCCGCCCUUCCCAGUAACCACGCCCCCCUCACCAUAACCCCCCGUCAAGCCACACCCCCCAGUGACCCCGACAAUCCUCCGGGAGAGACCACCACCCUGCUCAGCGAGCAGCACAACUGUGUGGAACCCCGCAGACCCAGUCAGCACGUGCACGCCAUCGGUCACACACACACGGAAAGCACCAUCUAACGCACGCACACACACACACACACACACACACACACACACACACACACACACACACACACACACACACACACACACACACACACACACACACACACACACACACACA